AUGGACCAGCCCAGCGGAAGGAGUUUCAUGCAAGUUCUUUGUGAGAAAUACAGCCCUGAGAACUUCCCAUAUCGUCGUGGACCUGGUAUGGGGGUGCAUGUUCCAGCAACUCCACAGGGUUCACCUAUGAAAGAUCGCCUCAACCUUCCGAGCGUGCUAGUACUGAACAGCUGUGGCAUAACCUGUGCAGGGGAUGAGAAUGAAAUAGCUGCCUUCUGUGCUCACGUGUCUGAGCUAGAUCUUUCUGACAAUAAACUGGAAGACUGGCAUGAGGUCAGUAAAAUUGUGUCCAACGUUCCCCACUUGGAGUUUCUAAACUUGAGUUCCAACCCUCUCAGUUUGUCCGUUUUAGAGAGAAGGUGUGCUGGGUCUUUCGCUGGUGUUCGCAAACUUGUGCUCAACAACAGCAAAGCUUCCUGGGAAACAGUCCACACAAUCCUGCAGGAAUUACCGGACUUGGAGGAGCUCUUCCUGUGCCUUAACGACUAUGAAACAGUGUCUUGUUCUCCAGUUUGCUGUCAGUCUCUCAAAUUACUCCACAUAACUGACAAUAAUCUUCAAGACUGGACUGAAAUUCGAAAAUUGGGAAUUAUGUUUCCAUCACUGGACACGCUUAUUCUGGCUAACAACAACCUCACAACCAUUGAAGAGUCGGAAGAUUCCCUAGCAAGGCUGUUCCCCAACCUGCGAUCCAUCAAUUUGCACAAGUCAGGUCUGCAUUGCUGGGAAGACAUAGACAAGUUAAAUUCUUUUCCCAAGCUCGAGGAAGUGAAAUUGCUAGGAAUCCCUUUGCUGCAGUCCUACACUACUGAGGAACGCAGGAAGCUGCUAAUAGCCAGGUUGCCAUCUAUUGUCAAGCUCAACGGAAGCAUCGUUGCUGAUGGGGAGCGAGAGGACUCGGAGCGAUUCUUCAUCCGGUAUUACAUGGAGUUCCCGGAGGAGGAAGUCCCAUUCAGGUAUCACGAGCUGGUCACAAAGUACGGGAAGCUGGAGCCCUUGGCAGUCGUGGAUCUUCGGCCACAGAGCAGCGUGAAGGUGGAGGUUCACUUCCAGGAUAAAGUGGAAGAGAUGUCUAUCCGUCUCGAUCAGACUGUGGCAGAACUGAAGAAGCAAUUGAAAACUGUAGUGCAGUUGUCAACAAGCAACAUGCUGCUCUUCUACUUGGACCAGGAAGCUCCCUUUGGUCCCGAGGAGAUGAAAUACAGCUCGCGAGCACUGCAUUCUUAUGGCAUUCGGGAUGGAGAUAAAAUUUAUGUGGAGCCCAGAAUGAAAUAGCCUCUUUUGACCUUGUGAGUGCACGCACGUGCACACACUUGACCCCACACACCCACACACAUGCAUUAAGGAGUUUUUGCGAGGUUUUUAUUUCGGUAGGUUGGUCGAGGUUUGGUUGCGUUUCUGUAGCAGGUAAUUUCUUGGCCCGCAGGGAGUGCCCUGAUCUGAACCAUGCCCGCCAUCCACUGCAGGUGACCUUGAGGUGACAAUUGACUUCAGUGCGUGUGUUUCAGUGUGUGCAAUAUCUUGACGUUUUUUUCCGAUGCUCCGGUAUACUCGUGAUUUGGC